AUGGUCGGUGUUCCAACAAGUAAUCGAUGUGAUAAUUGUCGGAAGAGGAAGAAGAAGUGUGGAGAGCAACGUCCAUCUUGCGCAGAAUGUAUCCGUAGUGGUUGGGACUGUCCAGGGUAUCCAAUCCGUUGGAAGUUUAUGGACGAAUCGGCUAGACUGGCGAAGAUGUAUUCACACAGGAAAUAUGUCUAUGACUGCGAUGCUACGAGCAUAGACGUGAUUGGCCCAGAUGAAACCAUUGUUAGUUCUAGGAAAACUAGCUCAGAUAUGUUUAUUCUAGAAGACUUCGAAGGUUUCUCACUCGGAAUUCCCCGAUUUAAUGGCGAUAAUCCCCUGGCUACUAAGUUGUCGUUCUGCCUAGGAUGUAGAGUAAAAGGGGAUCUAGUUCCUCUCUGGCUACUUGGAUCAUUUUUCCAAUAUGUACCCGGUCGAUUAGGUCGCAGCAGCGCUCUGGACGAUGCAAUGUCAUGUAUCUGCAGUAUAUAUUGCGAUCGAUCUUCGAAUGAAUAUACCGCGUCCAAGCUCAUCUGCAAGAAAUACGUCCGAGCCUUGUCUUCGUUGCGAAAAUGCUUGGCCGACGAGUAUCUUCGGUUGCGGUCAGAAACCUUAUGUGCAUCUCUUCUGUUGCAGAUGUGUGAACUCGUUGUGAAUGUCGAUAAAGGCAAAUGGGGUGAUCUCGUUCGAGGGACUGCUCAGCUUAUUCAAAGACGUGGUGUUGAGCGAUAUAAAGAUCCAUUUGAUCUUGGAAUGCUUGAAUCUCAGUUGAGUUAUAUUGUUGUUCAAUCUGCUAAGUCUGAAGAAGACUGCUAUCUUCGCCAGUCCGAGUGGAGGGCAUUACUUACCACCAAUUCUACAUGGCCCAGCGAUUCAAUCACCGCCAAGGAACUCAAGUCCCUACAACUACGCAUUGAGUUGUGCAAUCUUUUGUUCGAACUACCCAGUGUUCUCAGGGACGUUUCCUCGUUUCAAAAGAGAUCCGGUGCAUUCCUAUCCAGUUUUGAUCCUUUCUUAAUGGAUAAAAUACUAGGAAUAUACAUCAAUAUGAAAGCAUGGAUACAUUGCAGAGUCGAGCCCCAUGUUGUUUCUGAUUCCUUCGAUCUCACUGGACCUCAAGUUAAAUAUCCAGAUAUGAUUGCGGCUAUUGUGGAUUGUGUGGCAAAUACGACGCUCCUCGCACUCGAUAAGAUUAUUUGCUUAUUCUGCCAUGGAAACAUGCCAGCGCACACGAUUGACACAUUUGACGGCCCUGAAACAGUAGAAGGCUGGUAUUGCCGUGCGUUCACAGCGUUCGAGUUUGUUCAAAGUGAAUCAACACUUGCUGCUAAACCUCUAGAGAUUGGGUUGCGACAAUUCCAAUCAUCUACCAGUAGUCCGUCUUCCUAUACAGCCCAAUGCGCGAAAUAUUCCCACAAAGCUCAAUAA